AUGGCGCAAAUCAAAAGACAAUCCGUGGUUCCUGCAUGGAGAGAGAAGGCAACGCAACAAGACCUUCUAAUACUUCUAGUCCAGCUGGAAGGUAGUUACAGUUGUGGAUUUGACUAUUUGGAAGUUUAUAAUGGAGAUUCAGCAAAUACGACGAAACUGGGCAGAUUCUGUGGAAACCAAUUACCAAGAAGCCUGGUAUCAUCUGGACUCAAACUCUUCAUCGUGUUUCACUCGGAUUAUAGCGUGUCAGCACCGGGAUUUGUUCUGAACUAUUCAACACCAUUAGAUGUAAAUGAAUGUUACUUUGGAACACACAACUGCGCUAUUGGAGCGUCAUGUGUCAAUACGAAUGAAUCGUUUUACUGCAUUUGUGAAAACGGUUAUACCGGAGAUGGCGUAACCUGCACAGAUAUCAAUGAAUGUGAACUUGGAAUUGAUAACUGUCAUUCUCAAGCAUCAUGUCGCAAUACCAAUGGGUCGUUCGACUGUUCUUGCAACUUUGGCUUUAGUGGAGAUGGAAUAGCAUGCAACGCGACAAGACCUUCUAAUACAUCUAAUCCAGGCACCAUUCCACCCACUACUAAUCCAGGCAACGCGACAAGAUCUUCUAAUACAUCUAAUCCAGAUACAACGCCUUCUUAUAUAUCAAGUCCAGGCACCAUUCCACCCACUACUAAUCCAGGCAACGCGACAAGAUCUUCUAAUACAUCUAAUCCAGAUACGACGCCUUCUUAUACAUCAAGUCCAGGCACCAUUGCACCCACUACUAAUCCAGCCAACGCAACAAGACCUUCUAAUACAUCUAGUCCAGAUACGACGCCUUCUUAUACAUCAAGUCGAGGCACCAUUCCACCCACUACUAAUCCAGCGAAAAACAUGCCACGAAAUUUUACGACAUCAGCGCCAGAAUUAUGCGGCGAAAGUCAACUGUAUCCUCCUGGAAAACUCACAAGCCUUUUAUCCCUUUCAUACCCUCACUACAUGGAUUGCAGUUGGACCAUUUCCAGCACCAAUGGAAGAAAAAUUUUACUACAGUUUACUUCAUUCUUGCUGGAAGGUAGUUACAGUUGUGGAUUUGACUAUUUGGAAGUUUAUAAUGGAGAUUCAGCAAAUACGACGAAACUGGGCAGAUUCUGUGGAAACCAAUUACCAAGAAGCCUGGUAUCAUCUGGACUCAAACUCUUCAUCGUGUUUCACUCGGAUUAUAGCGUGUCAGCACCGGGAUUUGUUCUGAACUAUUCAACACCAUUAGAUGUAAAUGAAUGUUACUUUGGAACACACAACUGCGCUAUUGGAGCGUCAUGUGUCAAUACGAAUGAAUCGUUUUACUGCAUUUGUGAAAACGGUUAUACCGGAGAUGGCGUAACCUGCACAGAUAUCAAUGAAUGUGAACUUGGAAUUGAUAACUGUCAUUCUCAAGCAUCAUGUCGCAAUACCAAUGGGUCGUUCGACUGUUCUUGCAACUUUGGCUUUAGUGGAGAUGGAAUAGCAUGCAACGCGACAAGACCUUCUAAUACAUCUAAUCCAGGCACCAUUCCACCCACUACUAAUCCAGGCAACGCGACAAGAUCUUCUAAUACAUCUAAUCCAGAUACGACGCCUUCUUAUACAUCAAGUCCAGGUAAAUUUAAUAUCUACGAUAUGAACUGA